ACAGUUUAGUGUGUUGCAUAACCAGUGUUGAAUUGAACUGUCAAUUUGUAAAGUUGUUAGUUUUAUUUUUGUAAUAAGUUAAUUAGGAUCAAAUGCUAAUUUAGUGUCUUUCAAAUAUGUUUUUCAGUGCAGUUUUGUGAAAAUUUAUCGAUUGUAAUGGCUUGUGAUAUUCUAGGUCCAGGCUGGAAUAUCUCCGAAAAAGGCUUGGAGAUAAUAACCGAAACCAAUAAAAUCACUAACAAGUCUCAAAUACUGAAAAAUGCGCUUAAUUCUGAUUUGAAAGAAAUUGGAAGCCCAGUUUUAGCUAAAAUACUUAAUAAGAGUAAUGUUUCUCAGGUUGUUUUACAAAUCCAAAAAAUUCGCAAUAUAUCAGCCCCCAAGGCCAACGAGAAGUCUCAAGCAGCCCCCCGGAUGCUAAAACUAGUCCUAACUGAUGGUGAAACGUACAUUCAAGCAAUUGAGAYCGCCCCAGCCCCCUCAAUCAGCGAUAAAACGCCCCCAGGAACCAAAAUAUUCAUCAAUUGGGCAAAAAUCUCCUCAGGUUAUUUACUCCUUGACUCAAAAAACUGUUCCCUGCUCGGGGGCAAAGUCCCUGCACUUUACGAAAAGUGGGAAAUUGCCAAAAGUGUUCACAAUCACCACCGACAAAACGAGGGGCCCCCAGCGUGGGUCAACUUCGGGGGCAAAAUCCAGGAGAUUCAAGACAAAGACUUCAAAUCGUUGGACAAAACUGAAGUGAAGGAAAACACGAAAUUCGAUUUGUUGAGACAGGAUGCGAUAGCUGAGGCCACUUCGGGGGCUGUUAGGAAGGUCUUCGGGGGCGGUACGAAGCCCCAAACGCAGCCCCAGUUUCCGAAGAGCAACAAAAAACCCGAUUUUGUCAAGAAAGGCCCCAAAAAUCGAGUGGAAGUGGACGAAAAGCCCCAAAAACCCCCCGAGAGGGUGUCCUUGUUUGAUUUUCUUGAAGACAAGUUGCCCACGAAUGAGCCCCCCAAACACGAUAAAAAUAAAAAAAAUGCCAAUUUUUAUCAGAAACAAGAUAAUUUUUUUAAGCCUAGAAAUGAGGGGGCCCAAAUGAACGGUUUGAGUAACAGUUUUGAGAAAAUGGCCCUUAAUUCGCAAUUUGCGAGUCGGAGUCUCAAACAGCAUUUGAAUUUGGGGCCCCCUCGGGGGAAAAACCCCCCUGAUAACACGAAUCAGUGGAGAGUGGGGGAUGAUUGUGUUGCUAAAUAUUGGGAGGAUGGCAAAUACUACAAUGCUAACAUAACUGCCGUAACUGAAAAAACCUGUGUGGUUAAAUUUAAGGGUUAUGGAAAUAUGGAAGAGGUGCUGAAAAGUGAUUGUCUUCCAGCUGAAACUAACAAAAAAACGUAUUCAGGACCUAUGGAAUUCAGGAGGAAUACUAGGACGUACAGGAGGCAAUAACAUGAUAUUCAGUGUUGUUUUUCUACUAAUAAAUUAUUUCAAAAUCA